AUGGGAAGUUCCAUGAGAGCUGUCUUACUUCUCAGGUUCCUAACUUUUGCAACCAUUGCUUCUAGUAUUGGUUCAUGCAUCGGAAACCUGGUUGUGCCUGCUUGUAGAGAAAGUGAAAAACAAGCGCUUCUCAUUUUCAAGCAAGAUCUUACUGAUCCCUCCAACCGCCUUUCAACAUGGGUUUCUGAAGAAGAUUCUGACUGCUGCCGUUGGGCUGGAGUUGUCUGUGAUAACUCAACUGGUCACAUCCAUGAGCUGCAUCUUGAUUCAGAUUGGGGCGAUUCCAAUGCCUUCGGUGGUAAGCUAAAUCCUUCCCUGCUCAAUUUAACACAUCUUACCCGCUUGAAUCUAAGGUACAAUGAUUUUCAAGGAACACAGAUUCCUAGCUUUUUUGGUUCUCUUGAAAGUUUAACUCAUCUUGACCUUUCACAAGCAAGCUUUGGAGGAAUGAUACCUGAGUCAUUGUCUGGUUUGAACUAUCUUGAAUCUCUAAUUCUUAUGGGAAAUGAUUUUGGAGGGGAAGUCCCAGAGUCAUUGGGAAAUCUCUGUAACUUGAUAGAGCUCGAUCUAUCGGUUAACAAUUUCAAUGGAAAUGGAUCAGAAUUCCUUGAACGUUUGGCUGCAUGUAGUUCACAUCAUAUCGAAUCACUUCGGUUAAAUAGUAACAAUUUUUCUGGUCAUUUAACAUCCCAAAUAGGAAACAUAACAAGUUUAAGCUUGCUUGAUCUUGGUUACAAUCAGUUUGAUGGAGUUCUGCCAGAAAGCAUUGGCCAACUCAAAAGGCUAACCCAAUUGGUUAUACAUCAUAAUUCAUUUCAAGGUGUAGUGUCUGAAGUUCAUUUCACUCAUCUUACAAGACUCGAACAAUUUGAAGCAAGAGGAAACUCAUUGACUCUAGAAACUCCUCGAGAUUGGAUUCCUCCUUUCCAACUUAGAGGAAUGUUCUUAGAUUACUGGCAUCUUGCACCUGAAUUUCCGAUGUGGCUUCAGACACAAAGGCAAUUAGACUUCUUAAGCCUAUCCAGUACAGGAAUUUCAGGUACCAUUCCGAAUUGGUUUUGGAACUCAUCUUCCCAGCUAAGUUACCUAAACCUUUCAAACAAUCACUUGCAUGGGAAUAUUGAAAAUAUAUCUGCAGAGGGGUUAGCUGUAGUAGACCUAAGCAGUAACCAGUUUCAGGGUUCAUUACCACUAGUCUCAUCUACCUUGGAUAUACUGGAUCUUUCCAAUUCUUCCUUUUCCGGAUCUGUCUUUCACUUCUUUUGUGAUAAGAUACCACAUCAACUUACUCGUCUCUAUAUUGGGAACAAUCUUCUUACCGGAAAGAUUCCUGAUUGUUUUAGGAAUUGGGAAGAGUUGGUGGUCUUGGAGUUAGAGAACAACAAUUUAAGUGGGAACAUACCAAGCUCCAUAGGGAACUUGGUCUGGCUUCGAUUACUGAACCUGCGGAACAAUAAUCUGUCCGGAGAACUACCUCUAUCCAUGCAGAACUGUUCUGAUUUGAUAGUCGCUGACCUUCGAGGCAAUGCACUUGUGGGGAGCCUACCCUCAUGGAUAGGGAAAUGUCUUUUGAAAUUGAAAAUUCUCAACCUUCGUUUAAAUAAUCUUCGAGGAGCCAUUCCUGAUGAACUUUGUAAUCUCAAAGAUCUCCAAAUCUUGGACCUUGCACAUAACAAUAUCUCGGGAACAUUACCAAGAUGCUUCAACAAUUUCAGUGCAAUGGUAGACUCGUCAGACUUAAAUGGUGUAGUUGUCCCAUUUGAAUUUGCUUAUGGUUCAGUCCUCCAAAGGAACAUAGAUAUUAUGUUUUUGGUGACAAAAGGGAGAGAAGCAGAAUACGGCAACAUUCUCGGAUUGCUAACAAGCAUGGACCUUUCAGCCAACACUAUAUCUGGGGAGAUCCCUGAGGAAAUAACCAGUCUCAUCAGCUUGCAAAACCUGAAUGUAUCUGGUAAUCUUCUCACAGGUAGAAUCCCUUCAAAGAUCGGAUAUAUGGGACGACUAGAAUCUCUAGAUUUGUCUAUGAACAAACUUUCUGGUGAAAUUCCAGCAAGCAUGACAAGAAUGACAUUUCUGAGUCACUUGAACUUGUCCCACAACAAUCUGACAGGACGGAUUCCAGAAAGUACUCAGCUUCAGAGCCUUGAUCAGUCCGGCUUUCUUGGCAAUGAACUCUGUGGAGCUCCUCUCAUCAAGAAUUGUAGUGCAAGCAAUGUGAUACCACCAACACUUGAGCAAGAGAGAGGAUAUGAUUUACUUGAAGACAAGUGGUUCUACCUGAGCUUGGGGUUGGGAUUCCUGGUUGGUUUCUGGGGUAUAUUUGGUUCACUGCUUGUAAACCUGCCCUGGAGCUCUAUUUUUGCAAGAUUGCUCAAUAGCAUUGUGAUCAAACUUCAUGCUGUAAUUGUUUGA